AUGGGCAAGAUGCCUUUCACGACGGCUUUGGUGCUUCUUGCAGCGACCACUACACUCGCUCAGACCGGCGACUUCUCUGCCGCGACAACCCGCACAUUGACAGAAUAUGCCCCAGUCAAUUCUACUUCCACGUCAUCGAUGCUCGCAACAGAGAGCAUCACGAGCUCCACCGAUGCCGCCACCGUGACUGUCGAAACUACUUUGGAGAGCAGCGAGACGAGCAGCAUGGCCUCUCAAACCAUUGUCGUGCAGCCUGUGGUGGCUACGACGCAAACAGAGUCAUCCAGCGCUACUCGGACGACAACUGUCGUGGAGGCUGUCCAGCCAAUCGUGACGACGAGUGCUAGCGGAUCGGCUGAAACCAAACAGCAAACUGCCGUCGUCCAGUUUGUGCAGCCAAUAGUAACGACGACUGCUUCUGAGGCAUCUACAAGCAUGACCACAAUCGUUCAACCCGUCCAGCCGGUUGUUAUGACCACAGCUAGCGAAGAGAGCUCCCAGAUGGCAACCACAACUGUUGCCGUUCAGCCAGUGGCAGUACAAUCGACCGAGUCACCUUCAUCAGAGGCUGAGACUGCCACGACGACUGUCGCUGUUCAGCCUGUGAUUAUGAAGACGGCUGACACGACCGAAGCCUCGACUACAACUAUGACCGUUGCCGUGCCUCCUUUCCAGAAUUCUACAACCACUGGUGGCCAAGAGACCGGCAAUGCGGCGCCAAGUGGUACUGGUGUUCCACAGAGUUCUCCCUCCGAGGAGACAGCGCCUGUUGUUGCCAAUACCACGUCUGCAGAGUCCGUCACCGUAAUCUUGACCACUGCAACUCUGAACACCGAUCCCGUGACUGAGAUCGGAACCACGUCCUCAGCUCAACCAUUCUUUCCCAACACAACAUCAAGCUCUGUGCCGACCAUCGAAGCCACCCCGAUGGGGACGACUUCCUCUUCCGUGGUCAUCGCUCCAUUCGCGAAUUCUACCGUCGCCGAAACUACAACGCUGGCAGGACCUACCGCAGCUGGAACUGCUCCAUUGGUUACCGCGGUCGAGAGCUCAAUCUCAAGCACGUCAUCCGUUGUGCCACCAUUUGCUAAUUCGACAGCGAGUGAUCCAAGUGCGACUGCUGGACCAACUGCAGGAGGUACUGGCUCAAUCGGGACAGCCGUCGAGGUCCCGCUGUCAACGGGCGUGUCUACAAGCAGACCACCUUUCGCUAAUUCUACUACUGUCGAGACCAUGUUCUCCCCCCCUACAGCUCCUGUAGUCACCACAUCAACUGGCACUGCCGUUGAAGUCCCUCUUUCCACGGGCGUAUCAACAAGCAGAGCACCUUUCGCCAAUUCCACAGAUCCAGGCGAGCAAUCCACCGCCGGACUUACAGCAGCCGGUACGGGCUUCCCGGGUACUGCUGUGAACGUUCCUCUUUCAACUGGCGUCUCAACUAUUGUCCCAUCAUUUGCCAAUUCGACUAGCUCGGAAGCAGUGAAUGCCGGCCUUACACCAGUCGGCACAGGUUCGAUUGGAACUGGCGUUGAGGUCCCCUUGUCAACCGGCGUCUCGACAACAAGGGCACCUUUCGCCAACUCAACCAGCUUGGAUUUUGGAACCGCUGGUCCUACUGCUGUCCGGACAGGGUCUAUUGGUACUGCUGUCACCGUUCCGCUUUCGACUGGUGUGUCAUCUUCGGCUCCCCCAUUUGCCACUUCCACCAUCGUUGAUCCUGGAUCCAACGGCCCAACUGCGGUCGGCACCGGCGAUAUACUCUCGACUGGAGUAUCUUCCGCGGACCCGCCAUUCACCAAUUCUACCGGGCCGUCCAUUGCUACGUCUACAGGCUUCCCUACUGCCAGUGGAGGCUUUGUCACAACACUCAAAGCUGGGACAGGAAACGGAGCCACUUCUACUGGCCCGACAGCUCCUUUCCAGAACAGUACGUCAGGAUCUGCUUUAACCUCGGUCUUCUCGACUGGUAUCAACUUGCAGACUGGUACAGUCGGUACUAUUUCGUCCACCACCUCCAGACCUUGCCCGCCAUACACAAUUCUCACAAACAAGACGACUACACGCAGGACAAGCACUCGCACCAGCUCUGGUACGUCCAUUCCGCUCUCGACUGGCACGGGGGUAUCAUCUUCCACGGUUGUCACAACCAACGGCACUACUUUCACUAUGCCAGCGACUUCACAGUCGGCCAUCGGGACAGGCAAUAUCGAUCCAGGCACUUACGCCUACCCAACAACGACGCAAGGUGCUCCGUAUGGCAACACUACAUCUAGCGUGGUUCGAAUGGGCACGGCGCAUUCCACCAACCCGUUCACCAACCUCACUACCCAUCAAACCAUCCCAACUUCGUUCCCUCCCUACCCAACGCCAUGCCCAUCAGGACACUUCUGCCCAUGGAAGUCAAAGGGCAAUCACACCGUCACGUCGCCUCCUACAACGACAGGGUCGGUCCCAGUGUGUACCUCAGGCUCUUUCUGCCUAUGGAAGACAAUUCCAACGUCGCACUACACCAUCACUAUCCCGACAACGACCGUGGUCUCUGUCACUUCCUGUCCGAAGAAGAGCAGUUCUUGCCCUGCACAGACCAAGAGCACUGUCGUGACCACUACCAUCCCAGUAACACCGAUCACAUGGACGACCGCGCCGCCAAGCUACGUUACCACCACAGUUACCCAUACUAGCACUAGUAUUGGUUGCAAGGGAAGCAGCUCGUCCAAGACAUGCGCAAAGACCGCUUCAGUCUACACUACGACUACCUGUCAGACCUUCACCAUCGUGUCUUCUACGAUCCCAGUCUGGCCAGUAAUGAGCUCUACGGUUCCGACCGUUCCCUCCACAGUCACACCCCCGGUCACAGCUACUUCUUGGUCAACAACUACUGUCUGCCCGAGCUCCAAGUCAAGCUGCUCGAGGCCAAUCACGGCGACAGUCAGUACCAUCAUCACCGUGCCGCAGACAAGCUCAGCCACUACGGAGAAGUCCCAAACCAUGAGCGCGAUUUCAGCAAGCACUCAGGCAACAAGUUCGCCUGCUUCGUCUUCUGCCACAACAUCGUCUACUGGAUCUCCUCCGCCUGCCUCUGUACCGUAUACCUCCCUUUCGACUGGCACAUCAGCGUCAAGAAUCCCCUCGUCGGUGGUCAGCGCUUCCACCAGCACAACUCGCAUCACUGUCGCUACGGAGACCACGACAAGCACGACUCAUGUCUACGCCACCUGGAGCGGUGACUCAUCGCCCAGCUUCAGCUACAUGCCAAGCACGAGUGAGACCCAAACGACGUGGAAUACCGGCGCUGCGCCCAGCUUCAGCUAUAUGCCAAGCACGAGUGAGAUCGGCAAACCAUCCUUUCCCGUCGUCUCUGUGCCUACUACUGGGCGGUCUACGAAGCCUGUUACAGUGCCUGGCCCAUCAACGCCAGAGUCUGGCCCAGCUCCUACGGUGCCAGCAAGCGGACCAGCCCCAUCCGGACCCGAGUCUGGUCCCGUGCCUUCUGCACUGACGUCGACUCAUGAAUCAGUGCAUGCUCCUUCGAUGCCAUGGAAUGCUCCAGCUCCUUCAGGUCCUGCUACCGCCCUAGGCUUCCAGCCAAGCUCCGCGCAAUCCGUGCCUGCGCCGUUGACGCCACCGGCUCCUCCAGCUUCUGUGCCAACGCCGUCUCAUCCAACAUCCGCUCCUAAGCCACCAGCAUCGGCACCUGUGCCAUCUUGGUCCACGGAAGUCACUCCUGCUGCUCCUUCGAACCCUGCUGUCCAGAUAACAGCUGUCAGUGGUGUACCACCGGAGAUGACCGGUCCUUCAAAGGCGUCUAGCAGCACAGUAAGCGAGCCAUCAGCUUCGAGUACGGUACCACCAGCAAAGCCUAGCUACAUGUCCGCUGCUUCGGCCUCGCCUGUCAGCAGCAGCAGCUUCUUUGCUCUAUGCCUUGCUGCCGGCGCCGUUAUCUUCCUGAUUUAG